AUGUCUAACGAAAGUGUUUGCCGUUUAUGUGUAUCAAAAUAUCCGGAAUAUUUAUUAAAAACUAAUGAACAAUUAAAAAAUGAACGUUUAGAUUUACUAAUCUUACAAUAUUUACAAAUAAAUAUGACAAAUGAAGAUAAUUUACCGAGCUCAGCUUGUAAUGUUUGUUGUAAAACUUUGUACGAAUUCGAUCAAUUUUUAAUUCGAAUUAAAUCGGCACAGAAGAAAUUACUUGAAGUUAAUCCAUCUGAAUUGGUUAAUAUUAAGUUAGAAAAUGAAGACGAUUCAUUUUCGAAUCAUAGUGUUUGUAAAUCGGAGAAAUCUGAUUUUGAUGAUACAUUUGAUACCAAUGCUGAUUCUAAAACUGAUACAAAUGUGGAUUCUAAAUCUGAAACAAUUAAAGUUAAAUCUGAAGAACCUUUUGACAACGAAGAUAACAAUUCUAAUCAUUCAGCUGAUGAUUACGGGAAUGCAGACUCUCCACCGCCUGUUAAAUCUGAAUCAAAACGAAAAACAAAAAAAUCGAAAAAAGUACGAAAAGCAAAAGAACUCAAAAAUAGAACAAUCGACUUCCAUGAAAUAUGUACAACUUCUAUCGAUAAUUUACUAAAAAGUAUGCGAGUAUUACCAUUCAAAUGUUUUCAAUGUAAUUUGGAAUUGCCAUCCGAUAGACAAUUACAAGAUCAUUGGAAGUCACAACAUGAGGAUAUGAAAUUGGAAUAUGUUUGUGCUGAAUGUAAUGCAUUGUUUGAUACUGUCGCCGAAUAUGAAGUACAUUAUAAUGAGCAUGAUGUCGUCAAAAAUCCAAAAAAAUAUCGAUAUAUUUGCCGAUAUUGUGGAAAGAAAUUUAUCUAUAAAAAAGAUUUUACUCAACAUGAGGAUGCACAUUUAGGUAUAAAACGACAUUGCUGUACAGAAUGCGACCGUCAAUUUCGUGAAAAGAAAAGUCUGGUUACACAUUUACGUGUAGUUCACAAUAAAGAACAAGUAGAAGAAUUGAAAUGUAAUCAGUGUGAUAAAGUAUGUCAAAAUAAAGCACUGUUAAAAAGACAUUUACGUACUCACAUACCGAUGGAGGAAAAACAACAAUUUCAAUGUGAUAUAUGUCAACGGAAAUUUGUAUCGGAAGAGAAUUUAAACGCACAUCAAAAGUUAAUACACAGCGUUGUUGAGGAAGAAUUAAUAUGUGAACAAUGUGGAAAAAUUUGUAAAAAUAAACAUCGUUUAGCAGAACAUUUGAAUACACAUAAUGCACGCAUAUUUAACUGUGAUGAAUGUGCAAAAUGUUUUAAAAGUAUGCAAGUAUUAAAAAUUCACAAAUUAACACAUUCUGGUAUCAAAAUGUUUGAAUGUGAUGUUUGUGGCAAGAAGUUUAGUCGACGUGGACAAUUAACAACUCAUUCAACAAUUCAUACUGGAAAUUUACCAUAUGAAUGCAGUUAUUGUAAAAAACAAUUUCGACAAAAAUAUUAUCUCAAGGUACAUUUACGUCAACAUACCGGAGAACGUCCAUACUCAUGUACAGAAUGUAAUCAUUUCUUUGCAAAUGAUGCAAAUUUUAUAAAACAUUUAAAAGGAAAGCAUGGCUUAACUAAAUUUUCAAUUGUAAAUAAACGUCGUUAUCCAUUUGAUGAAAAUUAA